UUAUAUACAGCUGUAAAAAUGGAAAAGCAUACGUUGUAUUGUUGAUGAAAACUAAGAAAUUAAGUGAAAAGGGAAUAUGUUGGAGCUAGUGUAGUAUAACUUAGGGAUAGAAAAAUCGUAAUAUCUAAAUCUUCUAAUAUAUAGUGUUGUCCUAUUUAUAACAGAGUAACUUUGAACAAAGACAUAGGGUUGGUAAAGGGGCGUGACAGCAGGCACAGCCAUGGUGUGCUCGGCUGGUGGAGACUGGGAGAGAGGGCUGCUCUGCAGAGGGAGGGAGAGAGAGAGAGGAGGAGGAACUACUGGAGGAAAAAAAGUUAAAGUAAAAAUGGCUUCCUUGUCUUUGGAGUCCACAGAACAAUCUGAAAACAGCACGGACGAGCCGACAGCCGCCGAGUACAAAGAAGAGCAAGACCCGGUGCAAGUCUCGGAGCAGUUACUCCAAAGUUUCCAAAAGUCGGCUCUGAGUUUUUCCACUGACCAAGUCUCAUGUCUGUGCGAGGCCCUUCUGCAGGCGGGCAAUGUGGAUCGCCUGUGGAGAUUUCUAUCCACCAUACCUCCUUCGUCCGAGCUGCUACGUGGCAACGAGACCCUGCUCAAGGCCCAGGCACUGGUGGCUUUCCACCGGGAGGAAUUCAAGGAGCUGUACGCCAUCCUGGAGAGCUACGACUUCCACCCGUCUAACCAUGGGUUCCUGCAGGACCUGUACCUGAAAGCCCGCUACAAGGAGGCGGAGAGGUCCCGGGGCCGCAGCCUGGGCGCAGUGGACAAGUACCGGCUCAGGAAGAAGUUCCCUUUACCCAAAACUAUCUGGGACGGAGAGGAGACGGUGUACUGCUUCAAAGAGAAGUCCCGAAAUGCAUUGAAGGAGUGCUAUAAGAGCAACAGGUACCCCACUCCGGACGAGAAGAAGAACCUGGCCAAAGUCACCGGGCUGUCCCUCACACAGGUCAGCAACUGGUUCAAGAACCGCAGGCAGAGGGACAGGACCCCGUCCGGGACCCACAGCAAAAGUGAGUCUGAUGGGAACCACAGCACUGAGGACGAAUCGAGCCCCAUGGACGAUGCCCCUGACAAACCAGAGGAGGUUGCCGGCUCCACAGCCUCCAUCAUCUCUCUCUCUGCCGUCCCCUGCAGCACUGGAGGCCAGCUCAUCCUAAACGGAUCCGGUGGCUUCCUCACAGCCCCCCAGUCGUUAUUACUUAAUGGAAACUCCCUGAUCUCCAGCACCGGUGCUGGUGUCAUAAUUAAUGGGCUAAACUUGGGCGAUUGCCAGACAGUCACACUGAGUCCUGUUGCCACCAACUCUCCUUUGAUACUGAACGGGGCUCAGGUAAUAACCAAACCUAGUAUCAGUGUGCAGCAACAGCCAGUUGUUUCUAUGGCACAGCAGGAGGUUACGGCCAUGGAGGCCAAGCCAGGUAGUCUUCCAGCAGUUGUUCUUAGCACCAACAACACACCAGUCUCAAACCAUCCAUCCAUCAUCUCUCCUCCUCUGCACACCAAAACAGGAAGCGGCAAUGCGAUGGAUUUCAUCAGCGUCCCUGAUUCAGAGGGCAGCAGCCAGACAGUAUCUUCUUCUUCAUCUUUAUCCCCCUCCUCACCAACUCUGUCCUCCCCAACCAGUCUCCCCUCACUAGUCUUAACACAAAACCCCCAGCGCCAGGAGACCCUCACCCUCCCCGCCUCGAUGUCGUCUGCAGGCAUGGUUAUCUCCACCUCUGUCUUCGCCACUGCUGGCUCCCACUUAAACGCCUCUAGCUCUGUGGUUUCCUCCAGCAACUCCACCCCUCAGGUUUUCUCUCUGCCCCAGGUUGUGCCUUCCAUCCAGGGUAUACCAGUAUCCCAACUGGUCCAGCACUCUUCAGGAGCCCAGGUGUCCCAGUGCCCUCAGUUGGUCCCAGUAUCCCCCCUCACUUCACCAGCUCCUCAGUUCCAAAACCAGACAGUGAACACAAGCAACAGACUGGUGCAACAGCAGCAGGACGCUUCAACAUCUCUGUCUGAAGGUGCCACAACCAUAGUCUCUAUCUCACAGCUAACCAACAAUCAGCUCCCACAGCGAACGGUACACCAACUGGGGGACCAAAGCACAAACUCCACACCCAGCAAAAUCCAGGUCCCACAGGUCAUUUCCAUCUCUUCCCCGACACAAGUCGUCCCAGUACCCCAGGCCAAAGGCACCACACCGGCACAGUUAGUCCCCCUCUCCAUGCCUCAGCUGGUCCCAGUCUCGCCCAUCCAAACGUCUUCCACCAUCUCUUUCCCCCAAGUGGUACCGGCCAGUCCUUCUCUCUCCAUCCCCUCUGCUGGAGUGCCCUUACAGAUCCUGUCUUCAGCUCCUGCAGGGGUCACACAGGGUCCUCUCAGGAUAAACCAGCUCAGGCCCAUUCAGAGUGUGGGUCAACCAGCAACCAGCGUGGCUCCGGGUGUGCAGCUCCUCAACUCUGGGAUCAUUCAGCUUCCCUCUGCUCCUCCAGGUAACCUUCUCCUCGGUGGAAGUCCCUACUUGAGUGUCCAGCAAGGCAAGCUGAUUCUGACCAUCCCAGCAGGCAUUCAGCUCACCAGUUUACCCCUGAAACCAGUCCCUGAGGCUCCACCCAUUUCUGCUAAUGGUGUGAGCUCCGUUCUCACCUCCUCCACUCCUCCUGCAGCUUUAACCACCUCCGGCCUGACCCCCAGUGGCCUCACAUCAUCUCCCCUUAACUUCAUCAACACGUCUCCACCAUACGGUGCUCCAGAGACUGGGACACCUGCCCAGCCCUCCCCUCAUGCGCUGGACCAUUCAGUCACCCCGACGCCAAAUACUCUGACUCCAGAAAGUAUGCUCACCCUCAGUCCCAUGUACAGUGGGGCGACACCCAGCACCCAGUUGUCCCAGCCAGCCUGGAGCCCUGUGCCCCUCUCCACUUCAGCUAGUCUAACUCUGUUCGAUGUCCGCAGCAAGGGGGACCUACCUGUAGACCCGGCUUUGUUAGGCCUACCUGGAGGAGAGUCGCUGCUUCUGGGAAGCCCCUCGUCAGAGCAGGAUGUGGAAGCCAGCUCCGCACUGGGGAAUCCAGAGGAGAUGGAUGGGGACUCCAAGAUUCUUACUCAGCUCCAGUCUGUCCCUGUGGAUGAUGAUCUGGGCUUGUAGUCUGUUUACCCUGUGGGUCGGCAACCCAGUGUCUCUGGAUAAAAACAUACAGCAGGUUGCAGACUCUGCUGUCUGAGAGAUUUUACUCCACAAUGUCAGUCCUCUAAGAGCCAAAUGUUUGUUUUUACAAUAUGUUCAGCACAGAGAGGCAAAGUCUGUCCCCUUCCGGUGGACCACCAUGGGACCUUGUUUCAGAAAAAAACAACGUAUGGCAGUCAAUGGAGGGAGACAAAUAAUUUUUUGAUCCCAUUUGCAUUGUGCCAUGAAUUACACAUAUGAUGUCUGUAGAUUUAAAAGAUAAUUUUGCUAGUAACAAAAGUCAUAGUUUGUCGUAUGUAACUUGGAUGACUACACAAGUCGUUUUGGAAGCGUUAUACCUCUUUCCCUCGCUGAAGCUAGUACAGGGGUGUACGAAGUGUGCAAUGUGUCCUGCUCGUUCUUUAGCUUCCCAGCUGAUAAAAAGACCAGUAUAGUCUCAUGCUGGUGAAGACUCUCAGUCAUCCAGGUCAUGGUAAUGUUAAGUGCUACAUUGUAGGCAACUGGACUUGCUUGAGUUUCAGUUCAUCAGUUGUUCAGAGCUGAAGAAGCCUCUUGGAUGAGAGGUGAAACGUCCUCAAGAAACUCAAGCGAGUCCAGUUGCCUACGAUAUAGCACUUAUGAUGACCAGUAUAGUCACUGGGUGAAACAGCCCAGGUAAAAUAACAUUACAUUUGUGCUGGGAACAAAGCUAGAUUACAGAGCUAGUAAAGUUGCAGGUGUAGGUGACAUAAAUUGUGCGUGGCGAGAAAUGCAGUUCUCAAAGCAGUUUCACACAAAAUUAAAUAGUGCUACGAUAAACUGCAAUGUUCUUGACUCGAAAAAUUAUUUUUUAAAUUGAUAAACGUGUAAUUCAUGGCACAAUUCAAAUGGCACUAUAGAAUAAUUUCUCUUUGCUGUUGACUACCGUACAUAUUUUUUUUCCAAAAGAAUGUCCCAUGGGAACACUAGGAGGAGAGGGACCUCCGCUCUCUGAGAAAAGCCUAAUACCGUCAUGGUCUUAGCUGGCACUUUUGAGACAAAUCCUCUCCAGUUAUGUUUCACAUGGACGGGCAGGGUUGUUUUUACUAAAAAUCCGUACGUGCCUUAUCUGUUUUAUCAGAUCCAGACAGAAGAAAUAACUGGGCUUCAUCCGCUUGGCUCACUCACAGGUCCUGGUGGUGAAAAAAGAGACUAUAUUACGCAAGGCGUUUUGGCUUUGCCCAUUCUCUCAGCUCUCCUUUGCAGUUUUGUGGACUACAGACCAAGUUUGGAAAAGAUGUCUGGGGUUUUUGCUGGCAGUAGAAGUACUUCAUUAUGGACCCACCGCAGUAACUUUACACCGAACUAUCUGGCAAAGGCAUAAAUCUAGAAAUAACUGAGUGUUGACUGCCUGUCCAGAGCUCAGAGAUUCAGGACGUGUUCCGCAGACACUCCAGGAAUAUAGUGAGGAGCGUAUUCUUCACAAACAGGACUUGAGUUUUAUGUGAAACUGUUAUUACAUCAUAGCUUCAAGGGCUAUAAAGCAGUAUUUUAUUACAAUGAGUUACUGAAGUCUGGGCUGAAACAUGCUGCCAAACUACAUUUUUAUCAGUCAACUGUUUGAAAUGACUCUCUGCAGUUUUCAAAAGCUGCCCUCCAUCAGUAAAGCUACAACACAGGAAAGAAAAGGGUCUUUACUCUAUGCAAUGCAUGUUUAGUUUUUUUUUUUAUAGGACACUAUGUGGCACAAUGGCUGAAUUGAACAGUCAGUACACUUGGGAGAUGAGGAAAAGCUUUUUCAAAUACAUGAAGCAUGCAUGACACUAAAGCGUUUUGCUGUGAUCCCACGUAGUGAUGCAUCCAAAACCGGUUGAUACGUUGAUAAGUGCCUUAUUUUAAAGCUUAUUGGUUUAAUGUUUUUGAGUUUUAAAACAGUUUUUCAAGUGCUACACACCUGACCAAAUGUUGGUAUUCACUCUAUGGACAUUUUUUGAAUACCCACAUUUCUGUGUCUGAUCUCCAUUGAAAAAAAUGUGACGGUUUUGGUUGCAUUGUCAUCGCUCAAUCUCCUCUAUUUGUAUAUUUUGCACCUUUUAUUCACAUGAUGUUUACGCUGCGUUGCCGUGUUGUUGUGACAGUGGUUAGACUCACAUCCUUUCAUAAUCGGAACAUUAAAAAUCCCCACUUGACUUUACAGGACACUGAUUUCCUGAUUAAAUCUGCCUUAAAUUGACGAAACAGGCCUCUUUGUUUGAAACCUAAAAUUGCUAAUCAUCAUCAUAUGAGCUUUCCACUGUCAUAACACAGGUGGCGGUCAAACCUUUGGCCAAUUAUGGUACACAAAAAUACACUUAAGUGUUGCAUCUAGUUACAGUAAUGGCCUUUGUGUUGUUUUUUUUAUUAGUUUGUUUAUUGUUUGUCUUUUUUUUGUACAUUUAAUCUAUUUAAAGCAUGUAUCAAUCAGUAAGAAAAUGAGUCCUUGUGGAAAAACGCAGAUAGGAAAUGAUAUUCAUUUUCACUCGGAAGGUCACGUCGUUGGGCAAACUGAGGUUGUGAAAUCUUAGACUACAGGUAUUAAAUCAAUAGUGAUGGCAGGUAGGUAACUUUCAAACACAGUAGGUUAUUCCUCGUUAAUAAAUGUUGAGGUCAUUCGUUCUCAGUGGCCUCUGUGUAGAAUAUUAAAUGGCUUGGACAAAUCAAUUUUAGUCUUUUAGUAGUUAGGGAUAAAGGGAAAUGUGUCCUGUGUGUAAAAUACGGUAGUCUGCGUUUGUUUAUAUGAGCCAUUUCUUACCAAAGUAUGUAGACGUUGAAGCCUCUGUGGGCUUAUGCACAUUUGUACCCGUCUGUUCGUCGCCUCGGAUACGUUGUCACUGUCUCCUACCUGACACACAUGACUCCAGAUUUAACCAAAGAUAAUGUGUUCUGAUCGACUUUUUGAUAGUUCUGAAAGGGAUCGUUUGUCAUUCAAGGUUCUUGUUAUCUCAUUUUUGUAUUCAAAUGCAUUCUAUUUUUUAUAUUACAUAUUAUUGUAAUA